GGUGGAAAACCAGGCCAGCUCGGUCCACUCUAGCCUCGUCUCGUCUCGUCUCGUCUCGUUCUGUCUGGCCUCGACUCGUUUUAGUCCGUGAGGUACUUGAUCCGAACCGCACAUACUCGCCCAUGUUCGUCCGGCGGAGGAAGAGGGCCAAAAUCAUCGAUUGUAAAAUGAUAUGCUAGGUGAAACCCUACCUCGAAGCCCCCAGUGAACCGAGAUUAAGUGAAAUGCCGAUGGAUUAGUGGUGCUUGAACCAAGUGAACUCAACUCUCGGCUGACUCCGCACAUGUUUUCCAAGGCAACGGUUUCUUCUGUAUCUGUAUUCCGCAAAAAAUCUACCUACCGCCUGUAAUUAACGAGACCACAAAUCCGCGGAGAGUGAACCUAAAGCAGCGCCACCAGGAAACAGUGAAAAUGGUUGUACGCCGUCGAUCCCGCCGUGCCCGCAUGUGGAACAUGGGUCUAUUGUUCUUAAUCUAUUACUGCGUCAGCAUAUAUUCCGCAAAGGGGGACUCCAAAGACGGACAGUCCCUGCCUCUGGAUGUGGGCGCUUUGGCCGAGGAUGCUGGCGACGCCGAGGCGAACGGAGAGGAUACUCCAGAAAGAAACAACAACCUGGACACAACCCUGUCGUUUGAGCCUCAGGCGACCACGCAAUCGACCCCCAUUCAUGGCGCAGUUCCCACUUGGCGCCCAAAGCGUGACAACUGCACGCCCCCAGCAAUCGAGCAGUUCCCACAGCCGCUAAUGAACAAGUGGGCGCGGCAGCACGGCGGCCUAAUUCUUCACAUACUGGUGGCAGUCUUCACUUUUUUCGGGUUGGCAAUAGUUUGCGAUGAGUACUUUGUGGCCAGUCUGGAUCGGCUUUGCGAGGAGCUAAAGCUAUCGCCAGAUGUUGCGGGAGCCACGUUUAUGGCUGCCGGCAGCUCGGCACCUGAGCUGGCCACUGUGGUGAUAGGAGUGUUUUUCGCUAAGGACGACAUCGGAAUCAGCGGGGUCAUCGGAUCGGCCGUAUUUAACAUUAUGUUCGUGAUCUCCGUCUGCGCCCUGUGCUCGGGUACCGUCUGCCAAUUGAACUGGUGGCCCCUGGUGCGGGACUGCUUCUUUUACUGUGUUUCUAUUCUCGUAAUGUUAAUAAUCAUCUUCAACGACGUUAUAUCCUGCUUUGAGUCCGUCGUCAUGCUCCUCUGCUACGUAGGAUACUGCGUGGCCCUCCACUUUAAUACGGAGCUGGAACACUGGGCACUGGGUCUGAAUUUACCCUUCAAGCUGCCCAGUAAGGAGGAGCAGUCAGCUCUGGUAACCUACAAAAACGUGCCAGAAGGCUCGUACACCCAGGAAAGUGUCGCUCAGACCCAGGGACAGAAGGCCACAAAUGAUGGUGAGAGCAGAUGUGAGAAGCCGCAGAGCGAUUACCAGAACUACAGCGAUCCGAAUACGACCUGGGACCCAAACGCCGCCUGGGGAGAUGAGAGCCAGCCGAAUCCAGUUGCAAGUCCGCCCGUUGACGACUGGGGCACGCGGCACAGCGGCCAGGAGAACAUGGGCUACCAUGCCGACCAGCCUGAGUCUGUGGUCACUGGCGAGGAGGCAGUGGCGGCUGCCAAGAGUGGUGGCCAGGGUGUGUCUACUCAGGCCACCUCGGCCGGAGGCAUCGACUACUACAAGUCCACGGAGAAGCAGCGGGAGCCGCGCCGCGAUCCUUUAGUGCGGCCCACGGAAGGAGGGCUGCCAGUCCUGGUGUUCUGGUAUGUCGUCUACCCGAUCCACUUCCUCUGCAAGAAGACGAUGCCCGACUGCCGGCAGGAGCAGUAUCGCAACUGGUACCCUUUCACCUUCCUAAUGUCGAUGGUGUGGAUAUCGUUCUACUCCUACUUUAUGGUGUGGAUGAUUACCGUGAUAGGCUCCACGCUUGCCAUUCCGGAUACCGUGAUGGGUUUGACGUUUGUGGCCGCUGGCGUGUCUGUCCCGGAUGCCCUAAGCUCAAUAGCCGUUAUCAAAGAGGGCUUUGGCGAUAUGGCCGUGUCGAACGCAAUUGGCUCGAAUGUCUUUGAUAUACUAGUGUGCUUAGGUCUUCCCUGGUUUAUACAGACGGCUAUCAUUAAGCCUGGCUCUCACGUUAACGUAAUAUCCAAGGGACUGGCUUACUCCACGCUGUCGCUCUUCUCCACCGUUAUCUUCUUGAUCCUGUCGACGCACUUAAACGGAUGGAAGCUGGACAAGCGACUGGGCAUCAUUCUCAUGGUCUGGUAUUUGUUCUUUAUCACGCUGGCGUCGCUUUACGAGUUGAAUGUCUUCGGCUACAUGAACCCCCCCGAGUGCCCCAGCAACUACUAAACGCCGGACGACGACAGCAGUGGAUCCACAUUUUCAUUGCCAGCACCAAGUUUCGAAUACCAUAUUUACAUUUUCGUACAUUUAGAGUUGUUCAAAGCCGAUGCUUAAACAAACUGAAAACACUAAAAAAAACGCAAAGAAACGACGCAUUAGGAGUAAUAUUUACCUAACGUUAAUUAGAGGACAAAUUUAAUACUCAAAACGCGUUUUACAUGGAUUUUUACAUUGCACCAAAGGAAUGAUAAACCAAAAGAUAAAUAUUUUACAUGUAAAUUUAUACUAUAUUUAUUAAUACGCAUUGUAUGGACACAUAGGAAAAUGAUAACCACCAAUGGUGUAAUUUCUUCUCAAUUGAUUAAUUUUUUGUAAUCUUCGCAAUUAUAUUUAGAUCACAUUAAAAAAUGUUCGUGAACUUCAAAACAAAACACAGUCUUUGUGGACUCAAUUUUUUUCAUUUCUGCGAUGAUCAUUGUAAAACUUGCAUAAGAUGAUUGAGUGUUUUAUAAUGAAAUUCAUGCAAAGUGUUUAAAAAAUUAUAUAAAGAGGCCCACUAGCCGUAUAUACUAUUUCUAUGAUUUUCAACGACAUAAAAAGAUUGUUAAAAUUCCAGAACUCUUAAAAAAUUUCUCAAUUUAAAGGGAAUUACACAUGAAAAUGUAAGAAAAGAAAAGUAAAUGUAAAGCAAGAAUACAACUGUAGAUAGGGAGACAAAUGUAUUUUAUUAAAAACAUAGAACAAACUAAAUUAGCUAUAUGCAGAAAAGGUUUUAGUUAACAACACAAUAUGAUCCACACAACAAUCAAAUAGUUAUGCGAAUUUAUAAUAUCGCGUUAUGCUUAUGUAUAUACUUUUGAAUCAGAUCGCUUUCGUAUACGUUGAUUAAUGAUAGACUCUAAUUUUCGGAUUUUCAAAAGAUUGUGGAAAUUACUCUUCUCCUAAUAUUAAACCAAGAGAACGAAUAUUCGGAGACAGACCAGAUAUGCAGAGCUAUGAGCUGUGGAACAAGAACAACGAAUUUUAUUUAAAAUUUGAUUACAAUGUUUUUUUUAAAGAAUUUCAAACAAAUGUUAAAACAAUAUUAAAAUUUAACUUCAUUUGCAAUCAAUUAUUUAACGAAACUACAUAAAACGUCCUAGCUGUUCGAAAUAUAAAUUAGCAGUAAAGUGCAAAGACUUUAAUUACGACGGCAAUUAAUCGAGUCAAUUUAUUAUUGUAAAUAAUAACCACAUAUAAAUAUUUAUUGAACAAUGAAACACAUAUAAAAAAGUUCAGGUAAAUUGCGCUGCAUACUAUGUUCAAACCCAGACCUUUUCAUUGAGACCACCAUCAGUAGCACAAUUUACAACCUUUUGCAGGUUGGUUAUUUCAAAAGUUCAUAGUCAUUCAACAGUACAACUCUAAACCAUACCAAGAGUAUAUUUUAAGUAUGUGUUAUUUGUCUAUUUUAAGACAAUUUAAAGCACGCGUUAUAUGAUGUUAGCCGUUAGCAAUAUGUAAUUACUUUUCAUCCAACCCAACUUCUGAAUUUGGUCCGAGUGCUGCUGAUUAUUCAUCCUCACAAGAAUAAGUAUCCCGUUGAAGCUGGUGGUGACUCUUGACUCUUGACUCGAAAACAGAAUCAGGCGUUUAGCUAAAAGCAGUGUCUGAGACAAAUAGUAUGUAUCCAGUAUAUGCACCCAGUUAUCUACAUUCAACAUCCAAUACUAGUCAUUUAGUAAGCACUGGUAUGUAGACAAGCUCAAAUCAUAGUUUAGUACUACAUAUAUAAAUAAACAUUAAUUCUACAUUAAUUCUUUAUACAGAGCGAGGACAUAAAUACAUUUACAUAUACAAAUAUAUAUGGAGGUAAAAUGAUAUUGUUUAAAGGCUAUAGUUUAUGUACACAAUCUUCCAGAACCGAAUCAAUCACAGCCUAGGCACAGUCAUCUGUGUUCAAAACAACAAUAUUCCUACCUUCCACUUUCCACCCAGCAACCAAGAAAGGUCAUCAGAGUCGACUUGCGAGCUUUACUAUGCAAUUAGAAUUCAGAUCAAAAAUAUCUUUUCCCCUUUCUACUUUCAGCAAAUUUUUACUUAUUUCUGUUGACAAUAUUAUAUAUAUAUAUAUAAUACAUAUAUACAUAUAUACAUAUGUAUUUCAGUAACAAAAAAAGGUUAUUACUUAAUUCGUUUUAACAUAUAAUAGAGAAAAAAAAAUAAUUUAAACAGUUACAUUUUCAAAUUAGUGUUUUAGGUUAAUUAAAAAAGUAUUGAAAAGGACGAUGUUCUAUUUUUAAUAAUAUAAAUAUUUUAAUUGUAUUUUUUCAAAGUGUGUCAGCAAGUCGGAUUUACUUCUUAAAAAUGUAUUAUCUUUUCUUAUAGCAAAUUACCACAGGAGCCUUAAUGGUUGAAGGAAAGUGACUAUGCAGUCUUUUAAUCCCAUACACACACACAAAAUCAACGUUACAAUCGAUUGCAAUCGUAUGAACAAUCCGCCAAUAAAAAAUGCUCACUUAGAUUUCUCCGUAAAUGGCUUGCUAAACACAAGUAAAAGGUUCUUCCUACUCUACAAAACUUGUCGAUCCAAAUUUGUAAACUGUCAUUGUCGGUUAUGUUAAAAAUACAGAAAAACAGUGAAAUUCGAUUGAAAUUAUUUUUAAUUUACCUCUUUGUCAGAAUUAUAUCAAAUAUAAUAGUUCGUGUUAUCUGAAUAUUAUGCAAAAGUGCACCUAUGGAGAAAGUAUGCAAAAUUAUGCAAGCUACUAUGUUAAUUGCGGAGGAUCCAAGUUAUCUUAGGAUUCUGGCCAUAAGUAGACACUCAACUAAAGAAAUAUUUCCCAUAAAAAGUUAUACAAUGUACAAUAACUGUUACAUAAACUUAUACAUACUUACAACUAUAACAUGCUAUACCAAAAAAUACAAUAAAUGUUUACGUCUGACAUUUGUGUUACUUAGUCGUAAUUGUUUGCAAAAACUAUAUUGAAAACUGUUUAUAAAUAAACUUCGAGGAGAUAACUUAUACCUGUUGGUGGGGCUUUACUUGAAACACGAAAACUAU